AGUUCAGUCGCUAUCUUCUUUAUUUUCUGUCUCAACUUUUGUUAUCUCGUCGUUGUCGGAAUGAAAAAUACAAAAACAAAAGCAAAGAAAAACACGUGAAAUAAUCAACAACAACAAACAAGUAACCAUCACGGAAAAAUAAUCUAGUCAAGCUGCUCACUCAAAGCAAGAGCAUCAAUUUGAAUUUUUCUGUAGUCUCAUUCACUUGCAAGCAAAACGAUCCGUCCGAUUCGAUGUGCAGAAUUUCCUCGAUCGAAAUCAAAACACAAAACAGUCGCAGUUUGAGUUUGUCAAUAUCAACAUCAGAGUCAGUACGAUUGUCGGUUGUCCCGAUCUGUUUGUUAUUUUAUUUUUUUGUAUCUUCUUCUAUGAAUGUUUUUUGAAAUAAAAUAAAAACCUAUUUCUAAAUUUGUACACAAACAUCUUUUUCCAACAUCCAUCAAACUGAUCUUUGUACCUUAUUUCUUAUUCUCGUUGUCGUUGUAUUCAAUCGAAGAACAAACGGAUGGUUUGUGAAUUUUCCUGUUUCCCUGUGAAAACCUGAAACGGAGGCGUUUUUUUCUGUCUUCUUGUGUUCGUACAAAAAAAAUUUUCGAAGUCGUGGCGAUUUUUCCCCUCCUUGUGUCGGAAAAUGCUCCCCUUUUAUUGUUGAUUGUAUGUAAAUUUUUCAAAUUGAAUUGAAAAAUAAAUUUUCCGAUCAUACGUUUUUUGCUCUUGUGCAACAAAUCAACAACCCAACACAAAGGAAAUGUGAGAGAAAAAAAAUUGAGAUUGUAGAGAAGAAAAAAAAAAAAAGCGUGAAAAUCAGUGCCAACAAAAGUGAAUUGAAUUUUUUCUUUUCAAUAAAUUUUAUUUUUGUUCAUUUUUCUCACGCCAUUUAAAAUUUUAUAAAGAAAAAGGAGAAAAAAAAAGUGAAAUUAUAUCGUACGAGCGGAUGAUAUACCAAUAAUUCACUCAGCAAAUGAAAAAAAAACAAAGUGUUUUUUUAUGUGAUUUUUUUACUCAAAUAAAAGUAUUUUUUUUUUUUUUUAUAAUUAUUCGUCAUUUUUAAUUUUAAUUUUUUUUGUAAAAUUAAACGUUUGAUAAAAAAAAUUAAAUUCAUGGCAUCGUCAAAUAAAAUUCGUCGGGAUUUUAUUAAGAUGCUUAAUAAUAACGGAUAUUUGAGUUGCAGCAGUAGCACACCGAAACGAAGGGAGUACGAGGUUAGUUUGACUUAUGAAGUACCUGAAGAGAAUUACAGCCUGCCAUACCAGAAUUCGAAUGGUUCAAGUAAUGGAGAAGCUGUUAUACUAAAACUAGAUGUUCCAGUGCCUUUGCGUGAAGAACCAAAAUUUCCUAAAGAAAAAUGGAAAACAUUUAUUGCAUUUGUGAUACUAUUAGUUAAUUUUAUUUUGGCAACAGUUUCAUUAUCAUUGGUCCAUGAAAGAUUACCCGAUCGAAAUAUUUAUGGGCCAUUGCCAGAUGUAUUCUUAGAUAAUGUUGGAGCACAAGAUUGGGCAUUGUAUGUUAGUGAAAUAUUAAUUAUGGUGACGGUCAAUACAUGUAUAUUACUGACAUUGCUGCAUAAGCACAGAUUCAUAGUAAUGCGGCGAAUAUUCCUGAUCCUGGCCGUCCUCUAUUUUAUGCGUUCGAUAACUAUGUAUGUAACAGUGCUACCAGUUUCCAGUACAACAUAUUAUUGCAGUGCAAAAUCAAAUACUACAGCCACACCAAUGGUAAUUAUUGGCAGGGUGUUUCAGCUAAUGUCUGGCUUUGGAUUGUCAAUUAAUGGAAAGCACACAUAUUGUGGAGAUUACAUUUAUAGCGGGCAUACAGUUAUGCUAGUGCUUGGGUACCUAAUCAUUACAGAGUACUCACCAAGAAGAUUUUUUGUAUUACAUUGGGUUGCCUGGGUGUCAGCCUUUAUCGGGGUCAUAUUUGUAUUGUUGGCACAUGGUCAUUACACAAUUGAUAUUCUAAUUGCAUAUUAUGUGACGACUAGACUCUGGUGGACUUAUCAUACCUUGGCAAAUAAUCAUUUUCUACUAAAGCCUGGGGCAAAUAAUUACAUUGGCCGCGAAUGGUGGUACACAUAUUUUAAAUAUUUUGAGAAAAACGUCCGAGGACCUGUUCCACGUCAAUACGAAUGGCCAUUACCAUGGCCACGAAACUUCCAUUCAAAACUACCAAACCGAGAAAGUUAACAGCUAGCACAAGUCUGACUUUUAGUUACUAAUACAACAACAACAAAAAGUAGAAUCUUCAGCACUUUCACAACAACUAAUCGCCAAACAAAUUGCACACCUCCAUCUUCAAUAACAUCUCAAUAUUUUAACAAACAAACACAAUCUCAUCUCUCAUCAUCAUCGAAGACAAAGCUGAACAAUCGAUCCAAAUCCCAGUCCCCAUUCUUUGGGGAUGUUGUUUAUUCUAAAAGUUGGACACAACACAUAAGUGCCCCAUUCGAUGCAACUCUCAAGGCUAUGCAAACCUUAAUAUGGGACUAUUGUGUAUUAUUGGUAUUCAUUUUAGGCGGCCAUAAGAAUAAUUAAUUAUCGAUACGGUCGCCUCAGCCGAACUCUCGCAAAGGUUUUCUACAACAUCUCAACUUUUAAUCAACAAAAAAAAAAACAAAAGCAAGAUAAAAAAAAAUGUUAAGCUGACUCUUUUUUUUAAAGCUGACAUUCUAUAGAGACAAAAAAAUCAUAGAACCAACAAAUUAUAUAUAUAUUACAGUAAAAGUUUGUUACUAAAAAAAAAAACAGAAAAAUAUAAAAACUCAUAUAUAAAUGUGUUACUUAUAUAUACUGCAUAGAAAUAAGACUCAUAUACUAAAAAAAUAUAUUAUAUACAGAUGUAAAUAAAUAAAAACAAAAAAGAAUUAUGUAUCUUCCCACAUUUUAGCGCCUAAAACAUAUUAUAUAUUAACAAUUUUUUUUUCUAUUGCAUACGUGUAGGUGCUUGAGAGAAAUUUAAAUAUUUUAAAUGCCAAAAAUGGAUUUGUUUCAAUAUAAAAAAAGUUAAAUAUUUAACAAAAAAAAUAAUAUAAAUAACAACAAAAAAAAAUAAUAACAAAAUAAAUAAUUUUUUUACUUUAACCAUUUAAAGUUAGUUUAUAUUUUUUUUAGUUUCUUUUGUAAAUUUAUGUAAAUAGUUUUAUUAAAAUAAAAAAAAAAUCAUUAUUAUUUGUUUCUUUUCACUUUGCCUUAAUAAAUAAUGUAUUUGUAUAUUGAUUUGCUCU